AUGGCGAUGGAUGCAGAAGCAGUGAGGGAAAUCCAAGAGUCGACGCGCUACGAAUACUCUGCCUUACCUUCAGAAAGUUCCAUUCGCCUUCUGCAGAUCAUUCAGGAUGAUUCCUGCGCACAAGGCUUCUUAGUACGGCUGGAGACCUACGAGCUUGAAGAUGCGCCCCCAUUCUGGGCACUUUCGUACACAUGGGGGCCUUCAGAGUUUGAUGAGGGGUCUGAUGCUUCAAAGAGAGCAGAGACACAUUUCACUAAUUUAGAAUGCGACGGUGGACGACUUCGAGUCGGCCAGAAUCUUUUCGACUUUCUGCGGCAGUUCAAGAAUGACAUUGCUUUCUUCGCGGAAUCAUCGGAGCUUGGACGUCAGUCCCGUAGAGCUAAUCAAUCGGCUCGGCUACUCUACCCUAAAAACGGCUUCAAUCUUUGGGUCGAUGCUAUUUGUAUAGACCAACAAGAGAGCCAAGAGAGAUGCCAUCAAGUCCAGCUCAUGGGCCAAAUUUACGAGUCUGCAAGAAGUGUAAUUGUCUGGCUCGGUACAACUGAGCCCCCAUACGAAGUCUAUUGGGUCGUCAGAUGUUUUAUACCAAAGAUAUUGGAAUUGGCCAGGGCAGGAAGCACCGUUGACUUCCUACACCAAGUUGGACCGGAAUUAGACCAUCCUGAGAUAUCCAAGUUACUCAGCAAGGAGUUUUGCGAUCAGUGGCGAAGUUCAUACCCAGUGUACUUCGACUUCUUCCUGAAGAAGCGAUGGCUUACGCGCGGAUGGGUUGUACAGGAAGCAGCGAUACCUCACUCCCAAGAUAUAGUGCUUCAGUGUGGCGGAGUCCAAUUCGCCUGGUCCGACAUCAACAAACUGUCUGCCUUCAUUCUUCGGGUGCGUUGGGAUGAGAAACUCAUACAAAGACUGGGCGAACUCCUUCCGGAUUGGAAGAAACGUCCUGGCACCAUCGAUCGCCUUUGGAACUCGACACAGUCUUCUCUUUCGGCAUUUCGUCGCGAGAAAGUCAGCAACGGCAUGGCUCGUUGGCAGAAACAGCGCUGGGGGGCUACUACAGACGAAGCUAUGCGUCAUGCCGAGGUGCUUCAAACUCUCCACCGGUUGAGGAUCUACAACUUCGAGAAUCCGCUAGACCACAUUUAUGGCGGGCUGGGAGUCAUACAGCGCAUUCUGGGUCGCAAUUAUGAGGUUGGAGUAGUACCCAGUUACGACAUCUCCGUCGAAAGCGUUUACACCCAGGUAACGGGUUGGUUGAUCCAGCACUUAUCCAAUCUCGAUAUUCUGGGACUAGCAGGCAUCACCGAAGGUCGCCUCCCAAACCUUCCGUCGUGGGUUCCAGACUUCUCAUCUCACGGGCCUGAACACUUUACCUCUCUGCAAAGGUUAAGGCAGCUGGCAAGAGAGUGUCUUUUCCCGAGAACUUUUGAUGCCACCAGCACUGCAGAUGGAUCGGGCAGACAUGAGGCCUGGAGUCAAGGUCAUGAUCAUCUCAUACUGAAGGGAGUCUUCAUUGACACGGUCUCAAAGUCCGAAAGUUCGAAUUUCGACAGGCAAAAUGUCUUCAGCAACGUAACAUGGCUACGAGAUAUGAGAAGACAGCAGGGUAUCUAUGAAUUGACAGGGGAGAGUCUCGUGGAUGUAGCUGUGGCAACGCUAAUUGCGGACGUCAAAUUACUUCAAGACUCUCAAGAGAGUCGAAGAGAGUGGGUACAGAGGUGCAUAGCCUACGAUGAAAACAGAAACAUGGGUGAAGGAGAAGAUCCAAGCACCGCUGGGCCAGCAACGACGUCCAUCCAACAUUCUGACGCGGCCAUUCCAGCAGACUCAUUGUCAGGAACCUUGAAGAAGGACCCCAUCUCAAAGAUGGCACAUUUCAUGGCUUCUGGAAGACAGUUGUUGGAGACAGACAAGGGCUAUCACGGGCUUGGAACGGCGGCGUCCAAGGCUGAAGAUGAAGUCUGGCUUAUUCGUGGAAGUCGCAUGCCGCUAUUGCUGAGGAAGACCUCCGCCACCGCAAGCUACGAUGACAACGUUGCGAGUAGAAAUGGCGGAAAAUACGUUCUAAUUGGAGAGGCAUACAUCCAUGGGAUCAUGUACGGAGAGUUGAUGACUGACGAGUUCAUGUCACGUUGCCGGGCAGUUUCUCUCGUCUGA